AUGUCAGAUGCCAACAGCUCCGCAGAAGAGAGUGCUUUUGAAUUUGAAUCGGAAGGGGAGGCAGAAGAAGACGAAGCAGGUUUGGCUCCGGUUGAGGAGAAGAAGGCAGCGAAGAAAAUAGCUGCCAUUUUUCUCAAGAAAGCUCCCGAAAACAAAACAAAGGCGGGCUGGAAAGCCGGGGACCCUGUUCCUUACUCUGCACUCACCGAGACAUUCGAGAAGAUAGAGGCGACGACAAAACGACUUGAAAUUCUGCAACAUUUGACACUGCUGCUGCAGCAGGUCAGUGAGCGAAGCCCGGACAAUCUGCUCCGGAUCGUGUAUCUCUGCAUUAAUAGGUUAUGCCCGGACUACGAAGGCCUGGAGCUCGGUAUUGGCGAAUCCUUACUCAUGAAGGCGAUCGCACAGAGCACGGGCAGGGAGAUGAGCCGUAUCAGGAAAGAGCUAGAGCAAAAAGGCGAUUUGGGACUCGUCGCCGUGGCGUCCCGGCAAGAGCAGCCUACAAUGUUCAAAGCGGCCAAGCUAUCCGUUCCGACUGUAUUCAAAUCGCUCAAGGAGAUCGCGCAGCUGACAGGGAAUAAGUCGCAGGAUCGCAAGAUUGGCAUCAUCAUGAAGCUCCUCGCAGCGUGUCAAGGUGAAGAGACAAAGUACCUCAUUCGCUCCCUGGAAGGCAAACUCAGAAUCGGCCUAGCGGAGAAGAGUGUCGUUGUCGCUCUUGCGCAGGCUAUCAUCUACUCGAAGCAAGUCAACAAGAAGCUCAGCGAAGCCGCAUUGGCAGCCAAGCUCGAUGAAGGGACCGCCACCGUGCGAGCCGUGUUCAGCGAGCUCCCAUCGUAUGAUCUGAUCGUACCAGCUUUGCUCGAGUACGGCGUCGAAGGUUUGCGUGACCACUGCAAGCUAACGCCAGGUGUACCUCUCAAACCGAUGCUUGCCAAACCGACGAAAGCGAUCGGCGAGGUGCUGGACCGCUUCGAAGGCAAGGCCUUCACCUGCGAAUACAAGUACGACGGUGAGCGGGCCCAGGUGCAUUAUCUCGAGAAUGGCCAGCUCGCCAUCUUCAGUCGCAAUUCCGAGAACAUGAGCGUGAAAUAUCCGGACCUCAUCGAAUCGGUGCCAAAAAUCAGAAAGGCGGACAAAGAUGUCAAGAGCUUUUGCCUCGAUUGCGAGGCCGUGGCUUGGAAGAUGCCAGAAUUCGACGAGAGUGGUACACAGACGGGCGGCGGCCAUCUCCUUCCUUUCCAGGAGUUGGCGAGACGAAAGCGCAAGGAUGUCAAGGUCGAGGAUAUCAAGGUCAAAGUCAAGUUGUUCGCCUUUGAUAUUCUUUACCUUAACGGUGAGCCGCUUUUGCAUCUCGACCUUGCAACCAGGCGCAAGCUCCUCCAUGAGAACUUCCAACCGGUCGAGAAUGAAUUCGACUUUGCUCGCAGCGAGGAUUGCACCACCGUCGAGGAGAUCCAGACAUUCCUUGAUGCGAGUGUCAAAGACUCCUGCGAGGGGUUGAUGGUCAAGAUGCUGAAUGGUGCCGCGUCGACGUAUGCGCCAAGUCAGCGGUCGCAGAAUUGGCUUAAGCUUAAAAAAGAUUAUCUGGCUGGCACAGGCGAUAGCCUUGACCUAAUCGUAGUGGGCGCCUUCUAUGGGAAGGGCAAACGUACAAACGUUUACGGUGCAUUUUUGCUGGCAUGCUACGAUGCUGAUACAGAGACGUAUCAGUCCAUCUGCAAGAUCGGUACUGGAUUCUCCGAAGAGCAGCUCUUACAAUUCUACCAGCUGCUCAAGCCUCUGGAACUGUCCAACAAGAAGGGCUACUACGAUAUGGGCGACGCCAAACCGGACGUGUUCUUCGAGCCCCAAGUCAUCUUUGAAGUCCUCACUGCCGAUCUAUCGCUCAGCCCAGUUUACACGGCUGGCAAGGGCGCCGUGGAUCAGCGUGGUAUCAGCCUGCGAUUCCCGCGCUUCAUCCGACUGAGAGACGAUAAAGGUCCUGAGGACACGACAUCCCCAGAGCAGAUCAUCGAGAUGUAUCAGAGACAGCAAGCCGUCAGCAACGGUCGGACGAAAGGUGGUGAUGACGAAGACGGUUUCUGGUGA